CGAGCUGCUGCUGCUGCAGGUCUGUUGCUCGGUUCACUGAGCUAACUAAAGCAAGAAGGUCCAUCAAGAAGCUAGUUAGCAGCGAGCGACACGGUGGACGCUGCUGGGGAUGCUGCUGCAGCAACAAGAGAACAUGAACUAGCUGCCUGAGAGGUUUUUCCCGGUGCCUUGACAAUCAUUACCGAGCUGAGGACCGUUUCAGGUGGUUGUGGUUCGCUGCUUCAUUCAUGCGGUCGCUGGUGCACACAGACCGGGUUUAUAGCUCUUGAGUGGCGGGCAAGCUCAGUCAUCAGCUCGCUGGGACAACCGGGGACAACACGGCUCUCUCACCGAGUAGGAGCAUGGUGGUCCCGGACAGUGCCAGCGUGGUCCCCCAGCCUGGCAUCGGCCUCAUGGAGAGCUCCGAGCCCGGGUGUGAGGAGGAGGAAGUGGUCGGGGGUCAGGACCUGGCAGGGGUGGAGCUGGAGGAGGUCCGAAAGCUGCAGGAGCUUGUUCAUAGGUUGGAGGUCCAGAAUGAGACCCUGCGCAACAGGGGGAGCAAGAAGACGAUCAUCCACAGAGGAGCCAGCAGCAACAGCAACCUCACGGCCGCCGUCAAUAUCAACGAGAGGCUGACUUGUGAAGGGGUGAGCAACUCCCACCUCAGAUUGGAGCACGGCGGCAAGCUGGGCAGCACAGACUUUGAGUUGUCACCCCCUCAGGACAGCAGCAGUGGCGAAGAGAUGUCCCCUCUGCCCGUGGCUAACAGGCUGGAGGAAGAGGACGGAGAAGAGGUGGAGGACGACGACGAGCAGGGUCCGUGUGGGGGCUUUCUCACCCUGGCCUACAGCAACGGAGGGGGGCAGUCCGGGGGGCAAAGCCAGACGCCAGAGAGCCCCUCUCAGGACAGUUAUGACUCAGAGACACUCGCAGAGAGCGACUCAGGGUUGGACCAAACUGCACUGGAUGAAGUGGAUGUCCUAGAUUUGGAGGAUGAGUGUGCAGAAGUAGAGGACGAGGACAGUUGGUUGUAUGUCUCUCCAAAAAAGCAAGUAGCAGAGCCAGGCCCCGAGUCUCCAUUGAAGUGGUGUCGGCAGGUUCUUGACCACCGCAGCCCAGAGACAGAAAUUGCUUGUCGGACCCUGAUCAGCCGUUUAGACCAGACAUCUCGAUGGAGGAACAUGUACAGUAGCCCAUCAGCAGAGGCAGGCUCGGCAGGCUCAGGCCUGAUCUCUCCUGGGUACCACAAAUCAACUAACAAAUCCCUACUAACCUGUGGCACUUCAGGUGUCCCAAACAUGCAGUCAGCCCUGAGCUCACAGUCCUCCAUAGACAGUGAGCUCAGCACAUCAGAUGACUCCAUCUCUAUGGGCUAUAAGCUGCAGGAUCUCACUGAUGUCCAGAUCAUGGCUCGCCUACAGGAAGAGAGUUUGAGGCAGGAUUAUGCUUCUAGUUCAGCAUCUGCAUCACGCCGCAGCUCCACAGCCUCUCUGCAGUCCCUGCGCCGGGGUGGCACCUACAGUGAUCAGGAAUUUGAUAGUUACAGCCUGGAGGACGAAGAGGAUGAGUAUUGCUCCAUGCCACAGCGACGACAUCGCUUUACCCCCUCGCCCUUAGGCUCACCCCGGUGCCUGUCUCCAUCCACCUCCAACCACGGUCAGGAAUACAGCAGCCGACUCGGGGCCCCACGCACAAGAGCACCCAGAAGAUCUCUCCAGGGCCCCAGUGCAGAGCUGCUUAAAUUUGCUAAGAGUGAGGAGGAGUUGAGGCACAGCAUGCCUAAUCUGGCCCCCCGCACCAGCCUACGUUCCCUGGAGGCAGUCAGAAACAGCCGCAGCAUGGAGGCUAACCUCCAGAGCUCUGGCAACCGCAUGUCCCACCUGCCUCACUCCCCCUCCACAGGUAAGGUUUGAUCGAUACUCUGGAAGAUUCUUCUUCAAGGUACCCUGUGGAAUAUUUGACCACUUCUAGCACUAUGGAGCAUGAGUAGGUCCUCAAUUUGCUUAUAUCUUGCACAAGCAUGAGCACACACGUGCACGCACAUUGGUGACACUAGAGCUGCACAAUUAAUCAAAAACUAAUCCCCCUAACGAUUUUGUCUUCCUACAAUUCAAUUAGUGUGAUCGUCUACGAUAUUCACGUUUUAAAUGCGUACUCAGAUCAUAGAAAACCUCUUUGAACACAGCCAGCCACCACGGGUGAUCCAGAAAAAUACUGUAUUAAGUUACUGCUAACAAAAACCAAACAUUUCCUACGGCUGCAGCUUCUCUUUUUAAAAGCAUUUAACUGACGAAACACGAGUUGACUUAUUUUGAAGUAAGCUGGUCACCGGAAGUGCAAAGUGUUUGUCAGUUAGCUUGACAAUGGCUGCUAUCGUUCAGCAAAAAUGUGUCUACAAAACAAGACAAUAGUCAAAUUUUUUGAUUCUUUGGACAGCAAAUCCAUUUGAAAUAUGUCAGGAAGUAAUGGAACAAGAAGGAGCAGCCACAGUGAGCUGUUAGAGGAAGAGCUGCAGGCAACACGCUGCACACCUCCCACUUCUCAGUCAGUUGCAGUCACUGUUCAGACCCAUACCGUGUGCAGCUUAAAAUCAGAUCACGGUUGUUCACAUCACAGAAUGAUGGAAAAAGAUCAAUUUGACUUGACUACUUUAUCAAAACAAACUAAAGUUUUGCCGUCUGGGACCUAGAGGAGUGCUCUGUAAUCAGGAAAAAAUCGUGAUCUCAAUAUUGAUCAAAACAAUUUGCAUUAUCGUAUUUUUGCAUAUAGCAAACAAAUAUGGAUAAAAUUCAGGCUUCAAACUUCUCUAAAAAUUGACCUUGCAAAUGUUAUAUGAGGAAGGACUUUAAGUAUACAUGCAAUGAGUUUGGAAUGUAAACAGAAAUGUUGAAAUGUACAUUAAAAAUACUAAUUUCUGGUGAUGUCCUGAUCCGAUCUCACCAGGCAUUGUCCCGUGCUCGGAGAGACUCAAUACGCCACUACAAGUGCAACAUAAGUCCUGUGAACAAAAAGCCAAUAAGAGUAAUUAAUUAAUGCAAUUUGUGCAAAAGAUGUACAGACAACGGAAAUAACCGCUCAAUAGAAUACAGACAGUUCAUUCAAAUAACUCGGGUAAAGGCUGCACUGAAGCACCAAACACUGACGAGGGAAACUCCCUCCAAACAGCGACAAAGGAAAGAAGAUAACAGAGGGGGAAAAAACAUGAUGCAGGCAUUUUGUUUCUUAAUGCAAUGCAGAGCUAUAAAUUUAUUCAGACUUGGGUUAAUUUUAGUAACUUUAAUGUACUUGAAGUGUGCCAUAUACACUGUAUUAUCUAUAAAACAAAAACAAGUAUCGGAUCGGGAUUCGGCAUCGGCAGAUAAUCAAUAUUAAAUGACUGAGUUUGGAUCGGGUCUGAAAAAAUCUUGAUUGCUUGAUUGGGACAUCCCUAGUCAUUUCUUUUUAAUUAAAUAUUGUUUAAAUAAAUGUAAAAGUCUGGAGCCCUGAAGGCUGCUGUCAACAAGAAACAGUAAUAUACACCAAUGUGAUGAGACACAACACCUGUUGUGUUACUUUUUCACUAACAAACAAAGAAAAUGUUCAAAUCAAAAAUGUUUCAAUUGUAAAAGAUCAUUAACGUGAAUGUUGAAAAAACUGAUAUUACCCUCCUCCCAAAAAAAAAGAAAGAAUCUAAUAUCAGUCUGAUAUAUAUUAAAACAGAUGUAUCGAUCUAACCUUGACAGUCUAACCCUGAACACACAAGUCAUCAACUAUAACACACUCAUUAUAUAUAUAUGAUAUAUGAAUCACAGCUACCCUCUGCUGCUCCUUCCCUGACUACUCAUCUUCCCUAACAUACCCCAAGUAUUGUACAGGUAACUCUCUUUUUACUCGACCUGCUCCAUGAUUAUUCCACUACUUUACUCCAAACUUGUCCUCGAUAAUCCAGUACUGCUCCUCCCAGGCUUGCCUACAACUUCUACAUGCCACAAGCGGGGUUUGGAUUUCAACUACUGCAUUUUUCUAUGUAUUAAUUAAUAUGUGCUUUCCUAACUUGUCUGAAAGAAUUAGCUGGUUGUGAUUCUUUUAUACUCUACUUUCUUCACUCAAGGUAUGGCUUGUAGUCGGCUGCGUAGCAACGGCCAGUCGCCUCUCUCCCUGCGCGCUCCAGUUAAAGCUGUCGGUCCGGUGGGCUCCAUGCCACCUUGUCGUCAGCCAUCCAGAGGUCUGCCUGUUGUACAAGCAUCGCCUGCA